GCACAAUAUUUAAUGUGUAUUCCGUGAGUGCGAUCCCGGGAGGAGUCUGGUCUUACCUAAUUUAACCUUCACAAGGUGAUAUUUCUAUAUUGUUUCAACAAUUCUCUGCAAAUCGUUCACCUAUCACAAGCUGAUUGCGGCUCAUAACAAUCCCUUCCAGCUUUCGCAAGUUUUCUCUUCCAAUUUCACACAUCAUGGUUCGCGAUUCGCAGCUGAACCCUGCAGUGCCGGGUAUCCCAUUCUUUGCACCAGCACAGCACCCGAGUCCAGGGACUGCAAAGCAACUUGAACCAAACACCCCGACAAUCUUUCGUCCCCUCAAGAUACGUGGCGUGACGCUGCGAAAUAGGAUCUGUGUGUCCCCUAUGUGUCACUACUCGUGUGCUGCAAGUGGACCGCAGACGGGUGUUUUGACUCCUCUGUACCAUACUACUAUCGGGCAUUAUGCUUUCCGAGGAGCGGCGUUGGUCAUGUUGGAAGCAACUGGUGUUACACCCAAUGGCCGGAUCAGCGUCAAUUGCCCUGGAAUCUGGAACGAUACGCAGAGAGAUGCCCUCAAAAACCUGGCAGACUUCGUGCACUCCCAGGGUGGUCUCAUAGGGUUACAGCUUGGCCACGCUGGAAGAAAAGCUAGUACUUUGGCGCCAUGGGUUGCAACUCGUAUGGGACAGUCAAGCGCUAGAGCUGAUGAAUCUCAAGGUGGGUGGCCUAAUGACGUUGUAGGGCCUUCUGGUGGCUCGGACUUCGUCUGGGAUGGGAAAUCCAACCAUGACCCAAAGGGAGGGUUCAGGGAGCCCCGGGAGAUGAGCAUUGACGAAAUCUCUGACUUGGUCAAAAGCUUUGUUGAAGCGGCAGAACGAGCCACUUGGGCCGGUGUAAAUGUACUGGAGAUCCAUGUUGCCCACGGUUAUCUCCUUCAUCAGUUUGUCAGUCCCAUAACGAAUCAGAGGAAAGACAAGUAUGGCGGCAGCUUCGAAAACCGGAUACGGCUGAUUCUUGAGAUCAUUCAAGCUGUCCGAGCUGCUAUCCCUGUAUCCAUGCCUCUGUUCGUCCGAAUCAGUGCGACUGACUGGAUGGAAGAUACCGCCUUGGGUAAGAACCUGGGAAGUUGGGAUGUUUCAAGCACGAUCCGCCUUGCAAAGCUUCUCCCCGACUUGGGAGUUGAUGUUCUCGACGUGAGCUCCGCCGGCAAUCAUCCACAAGCCUCUCACAACGUGUUUGACGCCGGAAAAGAGCAAGCUGCCAUUGCCGCGAGGGUGAAGGAGGCGUUGGCCAAGGCAGGUAAACACAUGAUUAUAGGUACUGUUGGUGAGAUUACGGAUGCAUUCCAGGCUAGAGACUUGGUUCAAGAGGGCACUGCAGGUAGCGUUGAUGUGAUCUCGGUUGGUCGACAGUUUUUGAAAGAGCCGGGUUGGGUUUUGAAGGCUGCUCAGGAACUGGGUGUAGAUGUGGCUUGGCCGCAGUUCAUUUCUCGACCUCAGAUAUCUCAAACGCUCACCAAGCUUUAA